AUGCUCCUGCUUCGGCAUCUUCGUCGCCGCCGCGGUGGCUUUCGUGCCCCGCCACCCUGCCGCGACCUACGGGCGGCGCCCUUCGUGGAUGCAAAGGUGAAAUGGGUUCGAGACCGAGGGCUCGAUCACGCCGUAGAGAAGGAGAAGCACCUUCGCCCGCUACACGCCCUGAAGAACCUGCUUCUCAACCCUUCCCUGGAAGGGUCCCCCAUCCCCUCAUCUCUCCUCCUUUCCGCCAUAGCCGAGCGCAGCGACGAGCUCCGCCUCCCCUUCCGCGCAAUUCGCUUCAUCCGCAAGUACCCAUCUGCUUUCCUCGAGCAGGCCGCCGCCCCAUCGUCGGAAGCUUUCCGGCGACCCCACAUUCUCCCCACGCCGGAGCUCAUCCGCAUCCACGAGGAGGAGCAGCUCGUCUACCAGUCCUGCCGUGGAGAGACGGCCGAUCGCCUCCUGAGGCUCCUCAUGCUCACCCCCUUCAAGCGCCUCUCCCUCUCCGUAAUCGACCGCCUCCGCUGGGACCUGGGCCUUCCCCAUGACUACGCCCGCUCCCUCCUCCCCGAGUAUCCCGACUACUUCCAGAUCGUCGGCGGCGGCGGCGGCGGAAGAGGAAGUGGGUCGCUCGAUCUGGAGCUGGUUUGCUGGAACAAGGAGCUCGCAGUGUCGUCCAUGGAGCGGCAGGCCAUGAAGACGGGUGGGUACAGGAAGGGGGAUCCCCUGUCCUUUCCCAUGCAGUUUCCCCGAGGGUUCGAUCUGGAGAAGAAGGUCCGGCGGUGGGUGGAGGACUGGCAGCGGCUCCCUUACCUCUCCCCCUACGAGGACGCCGGCCGCUGCGUGAACCCUGCCAGCGACUUGGCGGAGAAGUGGACGGUGGGGGUGCUCCACGAGCUCCUCCAUCUGCUCGUGGGGAAGAAGGCAGAGCGCGAUGAUCUACUCCUGCUGGGGGAGUGCGUGGGCCUGAGGCCAGGUUUCAAGAGGGCACUCGUUCACCACCCGGGGAUCUUCUACCAGUCCAACAAGAUCAAGGCGCACACCAUUCUACUCCGAGAGGGAUACAAGAGGGACCUGCUCGUGGAGAAGCACCCUCUGAUGGGGCUGAGGUUUCAGUACAUCCACCUCAUGCGGCAGAGCGCGGCGAUGGACGCCGCCACGGCGCCCGGCCAUGGCGACAGACGCAGGACGAGGAAGACCGACGGCGUCGCCGCAGCGGAGUUCGUGAGGGAGGGCUCAUCGGAAGAUGGUGACGAGGAGGAUGACGCCGAGGAAGAGGAUGAUGAUGACGAAGAACUCUGCAGCUCUGAAGAUGAGGACGGAUCACGGGGAUUACACGGUGUAGUGAAUUAG